AAUUACGCCAGCUUAAUGUUGAUUGGCGCAGAAGAGACAGGAGAUUAGGACACGAGGACAGUGAGUUGGAGAAAGAAAAUAGAAGGAAAACAAGGACAGAGAUAGUUGAAAAGAGAGCGUUGUGACUGAGACGCGCGGUCGCACGCGGUUCACCGUGUUUUAAAUAAGCGUAAGCUGAAUGUGUUUAGACGAAUGGAAAUGGAAUGAAAGUGCAAGUUGUGGACUGUGCUGAUCUGGGAGUGCAGGCCAGGGUUGAUUCUUGAAUUGUCGGAGCCACGUUAUUGUUGAAGCAGAAUGGCAUCGAAAAGUGGUGUAACUAUUCCGGGAACAGAUGGAUCAGACUUUUUACAUCGACAAAAAGUAGCUGCUCAAUAUCAAAUCAGUGCCCAGAACAAAUCUCGCUUAAAAUAUUGUAUCUUCUUCCAUUAUUUGUUAUUUUUUGCAAUGCUGUCUAAACUAUCAGCAGAUAUUUUGGAUCGCUUAGAUAUUUUUAUUUUAGAAAUAGAAGAAUUACAGGUGCCUGAGCCUCUGUGGUGGGAAUACAUAUGGUGCUUCAGUUUACUUUUAUCUUUUAUUGGACUUACUGCUGUUAGAAAGAACCAAAUCAAAACAAUGAAGCAAUAUAUGGUUGGAAUUGGUGUUUUUGGAUUUGGGCCUAUUCUGUAUGCUGCCAUUUAUUAUUUUGGUGAAGCCUGGGAAUAUUUAUCAACUGGUGAAACUGAUGAGAUCAUGAUUUGGCAGGUAAGAGUACACACUUCUACAAGAUAUAUUUAAUGACAGUUUGACGUUUGUGGUUGUGAGUAUUUUCAUUGUUGUAAAAUAUAUCUUUAUUUGUUGUGUGCUGUUUUAGAGUUAUUGCUAAUAUUUCCUGGUUUUAUUCUUAGUACUCUAAAAUGCUUUAUAAAAAUUGUUGGUUGAAAAAUGAAUGCCAACAUAAUAUCAAUUGUCUCUUCAGUUUGUUUACAAUUCCUUCGUCAAGUCUUCCCAUUUGGUGCUGAUGUUGCAGGGAUACCCAUACUCUCUUUUGUGGUAUGCUUUCAUCAUCCUUGCAAUACAGGUACAUUCUUUCUCAUUAUAUUUUGCCUGGAAUCUGCUGACCGCUUGGAAAGCACGUGGGACAAAGAAGAUUGACUGAUAGCUGUCAUUAGUUCUUGUUCUGCUCCAAUACAAAUGUCUUGUUAAUGUUAUUAUUAUGAUGUACAACUAAGCAUGUUGUGUAAAUACAUUUAUAUUGUUACUGCCAUGCAAAGUUAUCAUGUGAUUUUGCUAGAAUAAUAAUUUCCCCAAUGAUAAUUCAUUGCAUUUCAUUGUUGCCAAGCAGUUAAAUGUAUCCCUAAGGUACAUAUUGAUGUCUAAGGCAUAUGUUGCCUGCACAAUAUUUUUUUAAUAAGAAUGUAAAAAUGUUUUGAAAGUCAAUAAGCCACAUAGGCGUGUAUCUCAAUUAACUUCACGACUCAUUAUUGUGAAUGACCAACCAGAACACCAAAAAGGUAGUGAGCUAUAUAUUGUCAAUUCUAGUGCUAUUUGACAAUUUUUAACCUACAUCUUAGAAAAUUCUAGAAUGGCACAGUUAUUUAAGAAAAGGUAACGUACUUAAUGUUUUGUUUGUUGAAGUAAUUAUCUUGAAUGUACUUUAUUUGUUGUUUCAUCCCAACAUUUUGACAUGUUAUAUAGUCCAUGGACCUCAUUUCCUUACUUUUCCAGCCAGUUGGAUUUACACGUUUUUUUCCAAUUUUAAAACAACUUGUUCAUAGCAUGUUUUGAAGAAGCAAUAAAGAAUCCAUGUUGAUUUUACUAAUGUUACAUCAUUAAAUACAGAUGACCAAUUAGUUUAUAGACCCAGUAGUAAACGAAUCUGCUUUGGUAGAAGGGAAGAUAAAAAUUUGGUCACUGAGACUGUACGCUGACAAAUUAUAUGCCAUUAUUUGGUCUGUCCAAGUGGGGAAAAUCUUUUUCAUCCUCAAUUUAGAUAAGGGUAGUUUUUAUUGAAUGGAAACAAUGGAUGAAUUUAAACCAUGUCAGGUUUUUAGAACUUUUAUUCUCCACCGCAUUCUACCAUCUACUCCAUUCCGUUAUAACAUUACUGUUUCAUGAUCAUGGUACCAAAGUUGCAGUAAAUACAAUUGAUUUGUAUUAGAACUGCUCGUAUAGUUUUUGUAUCUUUAACCUGAUAAAUAAUAAAUCAUUUGAAAUAAUGA